GAUUUCUUCCUGCUUGUUCUUCAGUGAUAUAGACGGAGACUACCUUAAAUUCAUCUGCAACCUGAAGAAGCUAUGAGGAGCUUAUCCUUUAUGGGGGAAUCAAGAACUUUGGAGGCGUAUUCCUGAGCAUUUUUACUGUUGGUUGGAUGCAGUUUCCUGAGAAGCCAAUAUGGAAUGUCGUGCAUUGCAAACUGCGGCCCUGGUGCUUGGGAGCAUUGGCUUGGCUGGAACAUUUACCGCCACCCUGAUGCCUCAGUGGAAAGUAUCUGCCUUUACGGGAAGCAGCAUUAUAGUCUUUGAGACUAUCUGGGAGGGCCUAUGGAUGGUGUGCGUCAAUCACAUCAACAAGCAUCAGUGCAAAGUCUAUGAGUCCGUGUUGGCCCUUCCAACAAACUUAGACGUAUCCAGAGGGCUAAUGUGCACAGCUUGUGCCUUCUCAGUUCUUGCCCUUCUGUUAUCCAUUGUUGGCAUGAAGUGCACCCGAUGUCCUGGCAUUGACGAGCAAAAGAAGAGCAAGUUUUUGUUGUCUGCUGGAGUAUUUUUUCUUCUGACUGGGCUUAUGGUGCUGAUUCCUGUUUCCUUGGUUGCCGACAAUAUCAUCAAGGAGUUCCACAGUCCUGUAAUCCAGGCUUCCCAGAAACGUGAGCUGGGAGCUGCCCUCUAUUUAGGCUGGGUCACCUCAGCAUUUCUAAUCUGUGCAGGAGCCCUAUUUUGCCAAUCCUGCCACUGUGCAGCAGAGGCAGAGCCCAGAAGCGAUAGGAAUUCAUUGACAGCCCGCAAACCUGAACUUAUCCGAAUGGAACCGCUAACUGUGCAUUCUUAUAUCUGA